UUCUUCAAAUUAAGAGAAAUCUCCAAAUCUUGAAGGUUCGACAAUGGGUUCUUCUGCCAAGAUGCAACUUCUAGCUUUGAUUUUUCUACUGAUAGCUCCAGCACUCUCCCUUGAUCAGGUACCUAAGGAUAAAGGCGCCGACUUCAUUGUUGCCAAGGACGGCACAGGUCACUACUCCACUGUGAACCAAGCAGUUGCAGCUGCUCCGGAGGGUAGCGUGAAGAGAUUUACAAUUUAUGUCAAGAGAGGAGUCUACCGAGAAGUGGUUCGGGUCGGAGAAAAGAAAUCCAACAUCACUAUAAUCGGCGACGGAAAAGACUUAACCAUUCUCACAGGAAAUUUGAACCACCACGACGGCACCAAGACUUUUGACUCGGCGACACUUGCUGUUGAAGGAGUUGGAUUUGUGGCACAGGAUUUAUGCAUCCAAAAUACUGCUGGGCCACAAAAAGGGCAGGCUGUAGCUCUUCUCAUAAAUGCUAAAAGAGCAGUCGUGUAUCGCUGCAGAAUUGAAGGGUUUCUGGACACACUCUAUGCUUUCUCGGGUGACCAAUUCUACCGUGACUGUCAAAUCACGGGAACAGUGGAUUUUAUAUUUGGUCAUGCAACAGCGGUCUUUCAGAAUUGCCAGAUCAAGGCACGCAAACCGGGUGAAGGACAAACCAAUGUUUUGACCGCACAAUCUCGUGACACUAAGUCUGAUUUCUCGGUGUUUUCGUUCCAGCAAUGCAACCUAACGGCAAGUUCUGAGCUUAGACUAACCAACGGAACUGUAAAGACGUUUUUGGGACGUCCAUGGCAUGCAUUUUCAACCGUUGUCUUCAUGGAGUGUUUUAUCGACGGCUUCGUAGAUUCAGCGGGAUGGCUCCCAUGGCAUUUGAAGGAUCAUGCAACCUUGUCGACUCUUUACUAUGGUGAAUACAAAAAUUCAGGCCCGGGAGCAGAUACAACUAAGAGGGUUAGUUGGAAAGGGUACAAAAUAAUCACGGAUCGUAUUGAAGCUGCUAGGUUUACUGUGGGAAAACUCUUUCCAGAACAUUUGUGGAUCAAGUCCACUGGCAUUCCAUAUCAACUAGGCCUAUGAUUAGUUUAGGAGUUCGCCUUUACUACUGCAUCAUCGUAAUCCUUUUCUAGUGUAAUCAAGCUAGUUGAUAUGGACGUCUCCUCCAGUAAAUCCUCAAAGUAGGUCAAGCCAUCCGUAGUAAGACACCGUCAUAUAUUCGACGAACAAUUAGGCAUCUGUUCAAUGAACUUAUUACAUAACUAUUUAAUUGUAGAAGGAAACUGAUUUUAAACCCACCUGGGUUAAUAUUAUCUAGCUUGUCAGUUUGACAUUCGGAUGCUAAAGAUAGUUUUUUCUUCAA